UAACACUGGCGACUCAGUUCUGCUGUGUGACAGCAGCGCUUCCUACUCUUGCUCCUCUUUGCCCAAUUCAAGAUUCAGGGUGGCUUUUUCUGUCUGUCUUUCUUUUGCUGACUGCUGUGUUAAAAAGGGUUGCAUGCAUGACAGUCCGAAAAGGAGAAAAAAUGGCCAUAAGCAUUCAGGAGCAUAUGGCUAUUGAUGUCUGCCCCGGUCCGAUUAAACCCAUUAAACAAAUCUCUGAUUACUUCCCUCGUUUUCCUCGUGGUCUUCCUGCAGCUGUGAGCCGCAACAACUCUAUGCAUUCCACCAUCAACCAGCCUUCUGUCACCCAGUCAGAGUCUACAAAAGAGGAGGACGAUGUGGACAAAUUAUUUGGGGCUUAUGGAUCUGCGUCAGCUGCACCUCCCAAACCUGAAGAGGAGGGUGAAGCUGAAGGCUACGAAUCUGACGACUCCACCACCCUGGGUACAUUAGAUUUCAGUUUGCUGUACGACCAAGAAAACAAUGCUCUCCAUUGCUCAAUAAAUAAAGCCAAGGGCCUCAAGUCAAUGGACCACAAUGGGCUUGCUGAUCCCUAUGUCAAAUUGCAUUUGCUCCCUGGUGCCAGUAAGGCGAAUAAACUAAGGACAAAAACUCUACGAAAUACUCUGAAUCCAGUCUGGAAUGAGACUCUCACUUACUAUGGAAUCACUGAUGAGGACAUGAUACGAAAGACAUUAAGAGUUUCAGUUUGUGAUGAAGAUAAAUUCCGUCAUAACGAGUUUAUUGGUGAGACCCGAAUUCCACUGAAAAGAUUAAAACCAAAUCAGACGAAGAAUUUCAACAUUUGCCUGGAGAAACAACUGCCAAUAGAUAAAACAGAAGACAAGUCACUGGAGGAGCGAGGUCGGAUUCUCAUUUCCCUGAAGUAUAGCUCACAGAAAACUGGGCUUGUUGUUGGCAUUGCACGAUGUGCACAUUUAGCAGCUAUGGAUGCAAAUGGCUACUCAGAUCCCUAUGUAAAAAUAUAUUUGAAGCCAGACGCCGACAAGAAGUCAAAGCAUAAGACAGCUGUCAAAAAGAAAACCCUUAAUCCAGAAUUCAAUGAGGAAUUUUUUUAUGAGAUCAAGCAAGCAGAUUUGGCUAAGAAAACUCUAGAAAUAACUGUUUGGGAUUACGACAUAGGAAAAUCAAAUGAUUUCAUUGGUGGGGUGACGCUUGGGAUUAAUGCAAAAGGUGAACGCUUAAAGCACUGGUUUGACUGUUUGAAGAGCAAGGACAAGAAAAUUGAGCGCUGGCACACUCUGACCAAUGAACUCCCAGGGUCUAUUCUCAGUGACUGAUGCCAGGCGUCCAUUGCUAAUCUUGCUCUGCAGCUUGGCACAAGACGAGGAAGGUUAUAUCUGAGAGUAACUGCCACAGAAAGGUUGGGCCUUUUGCACUUUUCUUUUCAGAAAUAAGUCUCUCCAGGCCUCUUCACGGAUACCUAACUUUGCCUGGUAAUCUUGUGGCUUACAUAUUGGCUUAUGUACAUGCAUUUGUGUAUCUGAGCACUUGGGAUAAAUUUCAGAGGAGUCCCUUUGGAUGACUUUUUAUAAUUGGUUUAGCACCAGGAAUUACCUGCUUUUGAUGACUGAUACCUUUCGCAACCCAGGCCGAGCAAAUUAUUUACUGUUUUUGAAGUGUUUAAAUUUUACUAGGACAAAGGAAAAAUAUCUAGAGUACGUAAAUAUAGCUUUGCUCUCUGCUGCAGAAAGAUGAGCCAGUUCUAGAAGAAGUUGCACAAAGAAAUGGAUCCUGUCUUAAAUCUUGUCAUAUUUUGGAGUAGUGUAGUACUUUUGAUACAGUAUUGAAGAACGAUGGCCACAGCGGUGGCCAGUUUUCCUUAAGUCACGAUUAAUGUAGCGAAAGCAAACAUAGCUUGUCAAUAUUCAGAUAAAAUAAUUCACGAGUAUAAAGUAAAGCUUUGAGAUAUCACGCACUAAAUAAAUAGAACAUGCUCCACAUGUUAAUUAUGUUCUUUUCAUCACUAGAAUAGGAAAGGAAUGGUGUAAAACUCUUCUGCAUUGGAGGCUUGGGUUUAAAUAGAGAACAGGUGUUGAAUAAUUCAUCUUGGUCCUAAUGAACCAUUUCACUAUUAUUAGGUCACCUCAAUAAAUCUUGCAUCCAGUAGAAAUCUAUAAAACAAGACAGCUCUCAAUUAAAUGUGUUGUACUGCAAAUCCUGUAUUAGAUGUGAGGUGAAAAAUGUUAGAAAAUAGUUAACCAUCUGAAAAAUAAUCGAGUUCAUAUUUGUAGGAUCCAGUGGGACUAAUAACUAUUGCCUUUGAAAAAUCACCACAGACUUGAUAGGAAAAUAAUCUUCUAAGAUGUUUCUUUGAUUACUGAUGUGUGCUGUUCCCAACCAGAAGCACAUCCUCUACAUCCAGCACAGAGCAGAGAAUAUCUCGAGCAGUGUAAUUUAACCAAUCUUUGUGGAUUUUUAUUAAAAAUCUGCAUAGUGCCCAUGCGAUAUUGCUAAAUAAUUCUGGCAGUACCUAAUUUGCAUAGAGGCCACAUGAAAAAGCAAAAUGACCAUAGUAUCCCAAAAGCCACCUCAAUCUCACAAACACUAACAGCUCAAAAAAAAUGUACCCUAAAUAUAAAAAUAACAUACAUAAAGUGCUUCUCACAUCCUCAGGCCCUCUGCAAGCUGCAGCAAACAGCUUGCCUUUGAAUAGCAACCACAUUUGCUAUGAAGAUGUGAAGUUUAUUUUGAAAUUGAACCCUGGGCACCUCCAAAAAUCUUUUUGACUUUCGAUACUUCUGCUACUUUGACCCUUCUUCUUAGUCUGGUUUCCAAACCGAAGUUGAUUUCUCCCAAAAAUAACACUGACAUUUUAACUGAGAAAAUGAAAGUCCUACCAGAGACUCCAUCCCAACUUUGUAGGAAGCAGUAAAUCUAGCACCAGGCGCAUCACUUCGAUAUGUGAACCGACAUGUUUUAUAAUAUUACUUACCGUAAUUCCAAACAUCUAACAUUCGUAAGUUGGUUGUUCCAGUUACCCUGUCCCUCGCAAUACUGCACCCUUAGUAGCAAGUGCCAAGUUCAAUGAACUGCUGUGUUCUGAAUUAAUCAUUUGAAAUAGCUUUCCAUUUUAAUAGUUUCAGAACACCUAUAUAUGAAAUGAAACACAUAUAACUAAAACUCAUGUCCAAUUACACAUAAGCAUGAGCCUAUCAGGCAUUAAUGCAUAUUUGUCAGGUUUCUCUUGUAUUUUAAUUUCCGAUAAAUGCACAUUGAAACUCCUACUUCAAAAGAAAAUUGUGUGAAUGCUCAAAUAACCAGCAUGUUACUGCUUUGGAUGCAGCCUCUAAUUGUAGGUCCUGCAUAUAAUGACUUUUAAUGUUGGGGCAGGCCAGAUUACUGGUCCUUUAAAAGAUCCACCCUCUAGCAACUGACAUUUCCGCCUGAGGGAGACCCUGUGGAACAGUUCAGUUUUCCCCUUGAGCUGCUUCCCCGCAAGUUUCAAGCAGUUCUAGAAAUGGAAGGAAAAUUUUGGGCAGUUUUGGUGAUUGAGUGGAUAAGCUGCGGUGUCAAAUGUGCACCUGAAUGACAUGGAUGCAAUCCAUGUAGGAUCCAUGUGACUAAGAAGCCAGUGCAGAACAGUUUGGCCCACUGAAUAAACACUUGCAACAAAGGGCUGAAAUUUAUCUCAUCCAGUGGCUUCGUGGAGUAGCACACAGUAUCACAGUCCGUGCACUGACGUCAUGAAUCAGCAUCUUCACAACAGCAGCCUUCAACCUUCAGUUUCUUAUCCAUUUAUUUAGGGAGAUCUGGAAAUUGUUAAUCUUUUGUCCCUAAAACUUCAGAAAAUACUUUGUGAGGAAUUGCCUUUUGAGGCUGACUAAAGGCAUUCAGCUACCAGUCGCCUUAAUUUGACCUCAUUUCAUUACCUUUUCUCUCUAACCACUAGAACAGGGGUCCCCAACCUGGGGUCUAUGGACCCCUUGCUUCAUGGUAUUGGUCCAUGGCAUUUUUUUAAAAUAAGGGUUGGGAGCCCCUGCACUAGAAGCUCCCUGUACCCAUGAUUUUGUCCCUGAUGCAAUAUUUAAUUAAUUCAAGCUAGUGCAGCCAAAAAAAAAAAUUAUCUGUGUUUUUAUUAACUGUUGCUUCGGAAAAUCCACCUGGAUAAGAGCAGGCCGAUAAAUAACAUACAUACAUUCCAAUAACAUGCCUUUAGGAUGGUUUGUAGCAUGACAAUGAACGAGUUUCAAAUGCUAUUACUUCUAUCAAUUUCCUUUUAAGAACUGCAGAUACCAAAAACAUUUUAGCUUGAGGAUGAAGUGCUGCAUUAAAGUUGACAGUAAUUCACGGUAUCAACCAAUUGAUGGUGUACAGUAUAUCUGUGUCUCCCUAAAAUAAAAUACAUUAAUUUUACUGAGUUUUUUUUGGCUCCCAGUUCUCUUGUGAUGGUAAUUAAAUGGGAGAUUGGAAAAAUUUCCCGCAUCUUUGCUGUUUGAAUGAAAAAGACACAAGUUAUUGAUCAGGAAGAUAUGUGAUCAUGUGCAUUGACAUUAAUUUAAGGAGAUUUCUGUUACUUCAUUGUAUUAUGUAACAUUAAUAGCUGUUGCAAUCUUUGUAAUUUGGAAUGUAUGGCUAUUUAAUUAAAGUGCUAUGGUACAUACUGCUCAGUAUUUGAAGCUGACUAAAUGUGUACAAGGUAAAACAUUAAAGAAUGCGAAAUGUCCAAGGAGUGGGGGUAUCUCAUUUAGAAAUCAUGUCACAAAAACUUAAGUGUCAAUAAAUAUAUUUAAAUAUUUGGACUUUUUUUAAAACUAUCUACUUAAUAAAAAAAACGUUGAAUGUGCGGAACUCAGUUUGAAAAUGAAUUCUUGUACGCUUUAUAUGAAUCUGAAUUUUGUAUGGAUUUUAAUUAAUGUGCAUGGAGCUUAUUUGGCUGCUACUACUGUAUUGACUUGCAAAGCAACAAGCAACAAACAUUCCAGUUUGAAACUAUAUUGUGGGUUAUUAAGGCCAACGACAUGUUUUGAGUAUUGCUAGCAAGAUUAUACUCUGCAUGAAGUGUUAACUUCCUUAUGCCUUUAAAAUAUUUGGUGGUUAAUCAUCUAUUUUCUGUAAACGAGCCUUGCACUACAGGUUACAGUUAUUAAUAAACUCUAUUGUUUUGCAUGUUUGAUAACCAUCCAGCCUUCCCUAAAGGGGAAGAGAUAUAUGUUAUGCCAAAGGUUCCUUUUAAUGCUGUUUACUUUCUGUGACACACAAUUCCUGAACUGUCCUCAAUAUAACACUGCAAUUUAACCUUGUAUGGAACAAAUGACCAUGUGAAUCAACAACAAUAAAUCAUCUCAUCAGAUAAUGCAUGAUAUUUUUAUAACACUAUUUCCCAAUAUUGAGAUAAUUUACCCUGUCUAACUAAUACAAAAUAACUACUAAACUUUUACCUUGUUAUUGAUUAUGACUGACUAGGAUGAUAAGAUAAACAGUAUUUUGAGAUAAUUGCACUUUAUUUUCUCAUGUUGCAUGCAUAAAUCCUGGAAGAAUAUGGUCCACAGUGUAAAGUUCAGCUGGUACCUUUAUAAAAACUUAUCUCAUUUGCACUACAUAUCCAGGGCUAAUAUUAAAUGAAUGUGUAUUUCCAAGAUAGUUUGAUAGAAACUUUUCAUCGCAGAACACAACAAAAAGACCAAAGAGUACAACAAAAGGCUUUAAUCUUCUUUCAAUUAAGUUUAGUUUCUUUUUGCUGUAAAUAGCAACAGAAUGUUUUUCAGGUCAGUGAAGUUUUAUUGGUUUUGGAAUCUGAAGGUGUUAUCAGUGUCAGAGCUGUGACUGAGAUUCAAAGAGGGGACAAUGAGGAUUCAGGCUAACAUGUUCUCUCUAAGAAGAACUCCUAGAUCUAUCUGGAUGUUGAGGGGUUAUAAAGUAGGAUUAAGCAGAAAGUUGAAGCUCAUGUAAAGACAGAAAGCACUACACUACUCUAGACAAAAUUGCAUGGAUGAAAAUUAGAAAAGAAAUUAAGAAAGCAAAAGGGAUCUAAAACAGAGCAAGUAUUGGUCUAAAAUAGAGGACAACUCCAGCUUUGAAAAUAUGCAAACAGUAAGGAAAACAAACUGGAGGUAGGGCAUAUUGGAGUGCAUGGAGGUGCAAGAUGUAGGCAAUUCUCAUUGCAUAUGCCAUCAGAAACGAGUGCUCAGUGUGGUAUAGUUUAUAGGGGAAAGGUGAAACAUUGACCAUUAUAAACAGACAUUAGAAGUACGGGGUUUAAACAUAGAUGAACCAUCAUCCCAGACGAAACAUAGUUCAGGUUGUUAAAGGCAGUAAAUAGAAGAUCCAGCUAUUAUUUUUCAGACCUUUCUAGCUGCAUUUGUGAUGCUGGAGGUCCAAAAGAUAACUGAAGGGAGUAUCGUUGUUGAAAAAGAUCGAAGGAUGUAUGCUGUGUAAUUUGAGGCCAAUCAGAUGAAUGUUGAUAAUGGUUAAACCAUUCAAUUGUGUAACCCAUCGGUUAAGGUGGCACAUAUUAAUCAUGGGCAGCCGGUGUAGAUUCGUUAAUGGAAGGAGUAACUGGCCAAUGCCUGAACUUCUGAAAGAAGGAACAAAUGGAGAAAAAGAACCUGAUAGGUUCCAGGUAGAGUUCGGAAAAGUUAUUGAAGGUUGCCUUUGGGGAAAUAGAUCAGACAAAUAACCCAAGGGAUCCAGUGAAAAAACUGGAAUGGUCUAUCCACAGUUAGUGCUGCAGUGGCAGGAAGUAAUGUGUUUGCAGUAAAGUGCUCAGUACUAGGUUCCUUGAUUCUCAUGGUGUAUAUAUUAAUGAUACAGUUUUAAAUGUAUGAAACUUAAAUUUGUAGUUGAUUACAAAAAUAGCUGUAUAGUUAGUAGGAAAAUUGAAGAAGUAAAAUAAUAAUUAGAUCUGAUGGGCAAAGAAGUGGCAAAUAGCACUAGAUUUGGAGAAAUAUAACGGAGUAGAUUUGGAUUCUGAAAGCAAGGCGAGAGAAUACCAGAUAUAUUGUAGGACAACAAUAAGUGUUGAGCCAGGACCUUGUAGUGCAGGUUCAUGACUCUCUGAAGUAGCAGGGCAGAUGGUUAAAAAGGCACAAUCAAUACUUUGUAUGCUUGGCUGAAAUAAGGGCAGGGAAGUCACGCUGGGACUAUUAGUUAGACCAUGGCUAGAAUAGUGUGCAUCCUUCUGGUCAUCAGAGCACUGCAAGGUGCAGAGGGGAUUUACUAAACUCGAAAAAUUGUAACUUUGAGAGGAGAAUACCCAGCCGAGGGUUGUUCUUGAAGUGAAGAAUACUUGAAAGAAAUUUAUUUGCACAGUAUAAAAUUAUGAGAAGCUGAGAUAAGAGAGCUAAUCCUCUUUAAAUUGAGGUCAGAUGGAAAGCAUAGAUUUAAAAUAGAUGGAUUAGAGGAGAUUAAGGGAAAUGAAUGAAACACCUGGACUGAGCCUUGUGUCUGGUCAGCCAUUCAAUAAUGGCUAAUCUGUUUGCACACCCUCAUUUCCUGACUGCCAUCCUGUCAAAUAAAUUCCAGCGCCAGUUGCAAUUUAAAUCUCAAUCUGAGCAGAGAAGCGAGGUGAACCCAGAUCGUGAGGGUCAUAUGCCCUUUGUGCAAUAUAAUUCAAUAAUGCCAUAUGGGUUAAUUUCUAACUUAAUGGAUGGUGAGCAGACAUUCACAUGCUCUGUGAAGUUGUAACAGUGAAAAUUGUAUCUAUACAAUGUUAAGACUGUAGAUAAACAAGGUUCAGACAAGUUUCUGGAUUAAGGCAGUUAAUUUAAUCUUAAUCCCUGGAAAUUGUUGGAAUGGUGGGGGGAAACUCAAAAUACUAAUUGAAGUGAGCUAAAUUCUCGAAAGAACUUCAGGAGUAUGAGCAGCCGUCUUUAGUCUGCGUUCCACUUUCCUGCACUGACAGCACAUCUAUUGAUUCCUUUAAUAUCUAAAUAUCUAUUCAUCUCUGGCCUCUAGCUCGUGUUGCUUGGCUUGAAGCUAGAUGCUUUGUUUUCCUCAGUCUGCACUCCUACCUGGGACCAGUAGACUGGAUGUUUAUGCUGGGAGGGUAUCCUGGGGCACUAAUUAUAAAUAGAAAUGGUAGGUCACUCGUUUAGAUUGGCAGGCUGCCCAGAAAGUGUUUGCCUGCAUCUGGAAGGAUGUGGGAUGCGCAGAGGAAGGGUAAGAGCCAGAGUGGAGGAGGGCCAUGCAUUCAAUUGCAAGUAACAGUGAGAUUUGUGCCAGAUGACAUGGAAGUGGUGAUGGGAGCACGUUCACUCGACGACAAGUAAACAAAUCAAUCUUAUUGUGUGUCUCGUUGUACUGGCAGCCAGAAUAGUUAGCCAUGGGAAUACGUUUGGAAUAUAUGUAUCACAAUGUGACCCUCAAGCAGUCAUCUGCGGAGAGAGAUUGGAAUUUAUGUGGGAUACAGUACAUGUGUUAUUUUUAGUUGGCUCCUGAUGUGUGCCAGUGGUGAGAGUUUAUCUGUACCUCUUGAGUUUCCUAUUUUCUCCUCCUUGCCUCUCUCAGGAAUUAACAGUUCAGAAAGAAAUUUCAUAAGGUUGCAAUGGAUGAAGGACAGAAAUAACUGUCUUUGUCCACCUAUGUCUUCAUAUGCCCUUUUGCAAAUCUUACCAAUUCUUUGCUUUCUGCAACUUUCUUACUGAUCUAAAAAAAUUACAUCAAACCUUUUGACUAAAGGAUUACACACAAACUUUAGGCCUAACAAAAUUAUCUUCAGAUCUAGUUUGCCUCGAUUAAGAUCACCUGACUAGAAACUGCAUCACAAUAUACCAAAACAUAUGCACAAAAGGUGGCCCUGUGUUCCAUACAUGGUAAAAUCUCUGACAAGAAAUUGAUCAGUAGAUGGAAAAUGGUUAAUUUAUCUAAUUUUUCUGUUUUGCUCUUUCUAGUGUACCAUGUUACAAUGUGUAAUGCACGUAGAUUAAUGUUGUGAUUCACUUUUGCAUUGGCUGUUUGAUACUACACACCUUUUAUCACAAUAAGGAGAAUGCCGCAGAAAAUUUGAAAGCAUUUUUUCUUGCUUCUCACAAUCACUUUUGUAUCUCAGCCUACCUAUAAAAAAUUUAAACUGUGAUAUUUGAAUGAAUUAUUGUCUUGUGCUUUUUCCUUGUGGUUUUGGUGUUAUUUAUGACAAUGAAAGUAUAAUGUAAUCAAUUGGCACCAAGUGAAAUACUCACUUCAUAGCAGAAUUGGCUUUGUAUGUGGAAGAAAUACUUUAAGUGCUGGGGACUGUGGCCAUUUUCUUUUUCAUUCAUUUUAAACUUUGCUAGGAUUUCAAAAGAAUGAUAUAUUUUAGCAUGUAAUCUAUUU